AGCACAGCAGUUCAACCACCCAAGUCAUUCACACGACCAGCAGCUUCAGCCUAACAGCCCUACACAUUCACAGUCAUGCUCUUUAAGGUGUGUUUGGUCUUAGUGGUGGUGGCCGUGGCUAUGGCCGACCCAGGUGACUACGGACCAGUCUACAAAUCGGAGCCGCUGCCCUACUACUACGACUACAAUGUGCAUGAUGGCUACAAGGGCACCAACUUCGGCCAGCAUGAAAAGUCCGACGGUAAAAAUGUGUACGGCUCAUACACAGUUGACCUCCCCGACGGUCGCAAACAAAGGGUGGACUACACAGCUGACCACUACCGGGGCUACGUGGCCAAGGUCAGCUACUACGGCAAGGCUCAGCACCCUAAACAUUACGGCCCCGCCGUCACAUUCUUCAAGGGCUACGGACACGGGGGAUACCACUGAGGACCAACCCAGGAACACACUCCAGCAUGACUGAUGUUAUAUUUUUGUAGGGUAAACGUGGAAGAAU